AUGCUCCAUAUCGAGCUCUUUCACAACCUAUACACGCAAACGCGCGAGACAUUUCAACCAGCCAGAUCCGCCCCUUGGUUAGAAGACAUCGUCAGCCGGUCUAUCACAACACCAUAUCUCGUUCACCAAUUGCUCGCGUUCAGUGCGCUGCACAUGAGCACAAGCCGUCCCAACCGUCAAGAAUUCUACCGCUACUAUGCCGCCCGUUUACAGACCCAGGCUCUGUCCACCUUCAAAGAGACAAACCUCGCUGUCACGCAUGAAACGUGCGUUCCGCUCUUCCUCUUUGCCACCGUCUUGGGCAUUCAUAUGCUCUGCGACACUUUGAUCUAUCGCGAGAAUGGAGACUUCCAUGCCUUCCUGAAGAGGUUCGUCGACUUUUUCCGUCUAUAUCGCGGUGCUCGCACGAUUUUAGGCGAGGCCUGGUUUAUGAUUGAGGAUACACCACUCGCCCCUUCGUUAAACUUAGGCAAAGUCACGUUUACGUUUGACGGUCAUCUCAGUGGCGGAUGCGCCAAAUUACUCGACCUCGUGAUUUCGGCGAAUCUCGGCGCAGACCUCACUGACACUUACAGGCAAGCAAUCGAGUCACUACAAAUGUGCUUUAAUGUAGCGGAGGGCUCAGAUGAGAGGUACGCGCGGAUCAACGGUGUGACAGUAUGGCCGAUUCUGCUGAAGUCGGAGUUUGGGGAGCUGCUGGAGCAAGGACGUCCCGAGGCAUUGGUUAUUCUGGCGCAUUACGCGAUACUCCUACAUAGGUUCCGGGACUCUUGGCUUUUUGGGGACUCGGGAGUAUAUGUUAUUGUUGAAGCUGGGAAGUGCCUUGGAAGCGAGUGGGAGGAGUGGCUAAGGUGGCCAAAUGAGGUACUAAGAUUCUCCUGA